AUGGCUACCGACGAUGAAAACCUCACAACCUUUUACAUUGGACAUCAUGAGUCAAAACGACCUUUACCUGUCACAGAAUUUGUUCUGCGACAAGCUGGUGAUGUUGGAUAUGAUAUGCUCACAAGUCCAAUUACAAGUCCCCAUUUCCAUUCUAGAGUACUUUCAUUGAUUUCGAAUCAUAUCGCUGAAAUUUCAGCUAUCGACUCAAGUGAUGCGCCAAACAAAGCUACCCCUCCAGCUCCCAUUAUUCCACCUCUCGAUCCUGUCGAUACACCAUUCACCCCCUCCGAUACAGUUUCGCAACUUAUCGCAUAUUCUAGUCCUUGGAUAGAUCUAUGUUCUCCAGACCCGCUCAUCGCAAAUAUUUCUCGUCAAGUUUUGAAUAUCGAAAUUGCAUAUGCUUCCUUCUGCGGAGUGGGUAAUGUUAUUAUUCCAGGUCCAAGAACAUACAAUGGAGAAUCGGGAAAUAAUGGACUUGCUCAAUAUGCUCGUGCUAUUCAAGAGGCUCUCGCAAUUGCCAGUUAUAUCAAUAUUUCAAUUCAUAUGCCUAUGUAUGGUGUCGAAGACCAUACGGAAAUGACGGGUGAUCUUUUGCCAUUUUCCAGAUAUCAAUCAACAACAGAAACAUCAAAGGGUGAAAACGAAAUUGAUUUGUAUGAGAAUUGGGAUGCUUGGAAUUUGAUUCGGGAUGUAUGUAAAUACAAUUCCAGACUUUCAGUAGCAUUGGCACUUCCCCGUCAACUUCCUAUUGAAUCACUUCAAUCUCGUUGGUUUGCUGAGCCCCUGAAAUUAUUGACCUUUACUCAAUCAACAUUCUUGAAGAAUAAAGGUGGACAUCCAGUUUUAGGCAAAGCUCAUCAAAAUCUCCUCACCCGCUAUAUGAAGCUCAAGAACCCACCAUGGUUACUAUUAUGUGAUGUAGGACCAAUCCCUGGUUUGGAUGAUCCAAAUCAACAAAUCUCAGUGGCAGAUGGUUAUGCAUCACCAAGUGUUGUUCAAGAUGCACCAUCUCCAACCCCAGCCGAAGCGGAGCAAGCUAGAAGAAAUAGCACCAAAUCACAAACAAAAUCAAAGGAUGUUGCAGCUCAUUUGAUUUAUUUAAGAUAUCUUCAAAGAAAUCAACCAGAGCGAACUCCUAUUGAGAAAUUCGGAUCGGGUUAUCAAGAUUACUUACAAGCGCCUCUUCAACCAUUAACGGAUAAUCUCGAAUCUGUUACAUAUGAGGUUUUUGAAAAAGAUCCUGUUAAAUAUGAUUGGUAUGAGCGAGCUAUUGAACGAGCAUUAUCAGAUUGGGUUUUACAUAAAAAACCCACAUCAAGUCUUAGUGGUGCCGUUGUUCUUGCAGUAGCUGGUUCUGGACGUGGACCUUUGGUUUCUCGAGCUCUAAAAGCAAGUCAAACAACUGGUGUUCCAAUUGAAGUAUGGGCAGUGGAGAAGAAUCCAAAUGCAUAUGUCCUCCUUCAAAGACAUAACGAAAAUGUGUGGAAUGGAGUAAUCAAUGUUGUAAAGACCGAUAUGCGUGCUUGGAAAGGACCAUUAAAGAAUGCAGCUGGACCUAUAGGUCAAGCCGUCACAACAUCUUCAACCACUCCAGCAACUACACAUGGUAAAGUUGAUAUACUUGUCUCUGAACUUCUUGGUUCUUUUGCAGACAAUGAAUUAUCACCUGAAUGUAUAGAUGGAGUUCAACAUGUGUUAGCACCAGAACACGGUAUUUCAAUCCCCGCUUCAUAUACCGCUCACCUUACCCCAAUUCUUGCUCCUCGUCUUCACGCCGAUAUUUCCAACAGAUUUUCGGCAGACGAACACGCUACAGAUACUCCUUAUGUAGUCAUGUUCCACGCCAUUGAUUUCCUUGCCACUUCCGUCCCGGAACAUCCUCAAAUUCAACAAGCAUGGGAAUUCUCACAUCCACUUCCUGUAAACACAUUACACAUUGCUGAAGCCAGAAGAGGCGGUGGUGUUAGUGGAGGUGGUGGUGGAAGUAUGUCUGGAGGUGAUGGUGCUAAUGAACAUAAUACACGUUAUGCACGUCUCAAGUUCGUUUGUAAAGAUCGUGGUGUGGUCAAUGGACUUGCCGGUUAUUUCGAAGCUGUUUUGUAUGAAGGUGGAGGAAAAGCCGAGAAUAAGGUCGAAUUGAGCACGCGUCCUGAUACAAUUGAUGCGAAGAGUAAAGAUAUGAUUUCAUGGUUUCCAAUUUUCUUUCCUUUGAAGUCACCUCUAUAUAUUCCUGAUGAUUCAGAGGUAGAAGUCAGCAUUUGGAGACAAACUGAUGAUAGAAAAGUAUGGUAUGAGUGGUUAGUUGAAGCGUUUGUUAUGGUAGGACCUAAUAAACGCUUGAGAGUGGGUUUGAGUGAGGUAGGUAGUAGCCGAUCAAUUGGUUGUCUUAUGUAA